AUGCAUACAGUGCUUUCUGACGUAUCAAAAAACACACAUACAUAUACAUAUAUAUGUGGAUUAUUCGUAACUGGAAAAUCUAUACUUCCUGUAACCACCUGCAAGAGGGAUUCAGAUCAUUAUUCUACUUGUUUAAAGCGUGCUAUAGAGGAAGCGUGGCCAAAAUUUAUUGCAGGGCUUCCAGAAUUUGACUUUCCACCUUUGGAUCCAUUAAUUUACGAUUACGGUAAAGUUUUAUUGAGGUCAGGUGAAAUACGUGGAGAAUUAAUUGUGUCAAAUCUCACUGCUACCGGUUUAUCAAAGGCUCGCUUUCUUGAUGUAACUACGCAUUUUCUUGAUGAUGUUUUUCGUUUGAAAAUUGAUGUACUAGUACCAAAACUCUUUAUAAAAGGUGCUGUGACACUAGAUGGUACUCUAAAUGUAUUCAGACUUGCUUCUAAAGGUUUGUUUAAUGUAACGUUGGAAGAUGUCAGACAAUUAUGGGACUUCUCAGGACAUGUAGUAAACGAUACAUGGAUUUUAGAACAUUUCCAUAUUGCUCCGUCAUUUGGAAAAUUUAAAGUAUCUUACGAAAGUUUGAUAGAAGAAGACAAACAAUUUAAUGAUAUUGUCGUAUCUUUUAUAAACGAAUUUUGGCCGGCGAUAUACAGGGUGGUAUUGCCAUUCUUAUCUAACAUAUGGGAUCCAUAUUUAUUUAACAUUGCCAAUGAGAUUUUCUUAAAUGUUUCCUUCUCAGAAAUAUUUCCAUAAAGUU